CAUCGCAGCCGCGCGCAACGAGGCCGAGCGGGAGCCCGGACCGCGCGGGACCAGGUACCUGGUGCUCUGCUGAGUCUGGCGUACCCAGGGCUCCCGUUCUCAGCUGGAGGGGCCCUCGUACAGAGACCUCUUUCUUCUACUUAAGGGAAGAGGAAACCUGAAUGCUCACGGGCACAGCGGGACCCCAAGACCUGGCAGGAAGAUACCGCCGCCUCUCCUCACCUCUGCCCUUCUCACAGACUGUUCUGCGAUGACCACAGCGAGGUACCGGCCCACCUGGGACCUGGCCCUCGACCCGCUGGUGUCCUGCAAGCUGUGCCUCGGGGAGUACCCAGCGGAGCAGAUGACAACCAUCGCCCAGUGCCAGUGUAUCUUCUGUACCCUGUGCCUGAAACAGUAUGUUGAGCUCUUGAUCAAAGAAGGACUAGAAACUGCAAUUAGCUGCCCGGAUGCUGCAUGCCCUAAAAAGGGCCACCUUCAGGAAAAUGAGAUUGAGUGCAUGGUUGCAGCUGAAAUUAUGCAAAGAUAUAAAAAGCUACAAUUUGAAAGAGAGGUGCUCUUUGACCCUUGCCGGACGUGGUGCCCAGCAUCCACCUGCCAGGCCGUGUGCCAACUCCAGGACAUAGGACUGCAGACGCCCCAGCUGGUGCAGUGCAAAGCCUGUGACAUGGAAUUCUGCUCUGCGUGCAAAGCCCGCUGGCACCCGGGCCAAGGCUGCCCCGAGACCAUGCCAAUCACCUUCCUUCCCGGGGAGACCAGCUCUGCUUUCAAGAUGGAAGAGGGCGAUGCACCCAUCAAGCGCUGCCCCAAGUGCCGGGUGUACAUCGAGCGGGACGAGGGCUGCGCACAGAUGAUGUGUAAGAAUUGCAAGCACGCCUUCUGCUGGUACUGCCUGGAGUCUCUGGACGUGAGUACUGCGCAGCAGCCGUGAGCUCUGCUUUCCGAC